AUGUGUGCAUCUCGGUUGGUUCUGCUGCUUGGGCUGCUUCUCUGUGUGGGGGCUCAGCUGUCCAGCGGCCAGCACUGGUCCCAUGGUUGGUACCCGGGAGGCAAGAGGGAGCUGGACUCGUUUGGCACAUCAGAGAUUUCAGAGGAGAUUAAGCUGUGUGAGGCCGGGGAAUGCAGCUACUUAAGACCCCAGAGGAGAAACAUUCUCAGGAACAUUCUUUUGGAUGCUUUGGCCAGAGAGCUCCAGAAGAGAAAGUGA